UGUAGAGGUGACGUGACCUACAGAAGGGAUUAUUUUGUUUAUGUCGCCUAAUCUGCUCUGUCUGCUAUCGACGACGACAACACGGUGGAAGACUUUAGGAAGUACUAGCUACUAAUGUUUUACCUACCGACGGCUGGCCAUAGUGUAGUCGCCGGGGCACAGAGAACCCGUGUGUGUGUGUUGCGCAGGCUGCGGAUUGUGUGUGAGUGAGGGCGAGGAUGAGGAGGGUGAUGAUGCUAGCAGGAUGAUGAAGAAGCAGUGUCGUGGUGGAUGACAACAAGCUGAGAGAGACAGACCAGAUGGGGGCGGACGCCAGUAAAGCCAGCAAGAGACCCCCAGCAGGGUCAGGGGAAAGAGAAGAGACUCAAUGUUCUACAGGAUGGAGAGGAUUAUUUUCCUCCGUUGGUCUGUCCAUCCCUGCAAGCCUCUGUCGCCUGGCCCCUCCCACCCUGCGGCUCGGCCAUCGGAGGAUGAUCAGAGAUAAGGCCCCGCCUAUCCCGGACCAGGUGUUAGGGGGAGGAGGGCCAGAUAGACUGAGAGCAGAGUGGAGUCUGCCUGGCUUUAUAUCCAUGUUCCUCCCUGAGUUCCCUCACAGAGCUGUACCAGGACAUCAACACUUCCAGGUGUUGGGAUAUAUCGCCAAAGGAUCCUUUGGUCCCAUUCUGAAGGUGAAGGACAAGGCCAAGCAGAAAACCUACGCUGUCAAGGUAAUCCCUAAGUCAGAGAUCCUGAGGCUGGGCGUUCUGGAACAGUCUAAAGAAGAAGUUAUAGUACAGCGUCAGGUGCGUCACCCGUUCGUCCACGACCUUCAGGACUGCUGGCAGACACAGAGACACCUCUACAUUAUGUGUGACUACUGCAGUACCGGGGACUUGUAUACAUACUGGGUGAUGAUUGGCCAGUUCAGCGAGGACGCUGUCAGGGUGUUUGCUGCAGAGUUAGGCUGCGCUCUCGGGUUCCUCCAUGACGUUGGGAUCAUCCACAGAGAUGUGAAGAUGGAGAACAUUCUGCUCACAGAUCAAGGCCACCUCCGUCUGGCUGACUUUGGUUUGUCUCGUCGUCUGGAGAGAGGAGGAAGAGCCUUCACUAUCUGUGGGACCAUCCAGUACAUGGCCCCUGAAGUUCUGAGUGGGGGACCCUACAGCCACUCAGCUGAUUGGUGGUCGCUGGGAAUCCUCCUCUUCUCAUUGGUCACUGGGAAGUUCCCAGUCCUGCCUGAACCAGACCACUACAGUAUGUUGAGGAGAGUGAGGUGUUUCCCCUACGACAUCCCCCUCAGCUUCAGCCCUCCACUGGCUCUACUUAUCACUGAGCUGCUGUGUAAGACACCGACGCGGCGGCUGCGGACCCUGGAUCGUUUCAAACGGCAGACCUUUUUCCACGGUGCGACCUUUGACCUGGCGUUACUACAGCGACGACCUGUGGAGGUCAUCUUGGCACUGCGGGAGCGUCCUGACCGGCCGGCCAAGGCCCGAAGAGGAUUGACCCUGUCUCUGCAGCCGUUAAGAGGCUUCGACUACGAUACCCUGCUCAGCCCUGCAGGGACGCCUGACACACACCUGGACGACCCCGAUACACACACACACCUGGACGACCCCGAUACACACACACACCUGGACGACUCCGAUACACACACACACCUGGACGACCCCGAUACACACACACACUUACACACACCGCUACCUGGCCCGGGCUGCCAGAAUCACCUUGGACACACACACUCUUCCAUGCCCAGCUCCACACACACUCACAGGCCUCCGACACAUGGGAAGAAGGAGAUGUUUGUGUGAAAAGGACCUACAGACACUCAGAGAAUGGAGAAAGGUCACACACACACCGUAGCCAGCUGGGAGCAUGACGUUCUAGGACUAUGACAUUCCAUGAUGUCACAGGAAGUCCCCUGCCCUUUAGCCCCUCCCCCUCCUGUAGAAUAUUUGAGUAAUAAAGAUAUGUUCAGAUUUGUAAACUGAAAUCGAAAAAUUACACAAAAAAACAACAUAAUAUAUAUAUACAUAUAUGUAUAUAUGUAUAUAAACACACACACACACACAAAUCUGGUCAUUCCAGGGUUUUUCU